AUGGCUGCAGAACUUGUUGGUGGUGCUGUUUUGUCUUCCUUCCUUCAAGUGGCUUUUGACCGGUUGGCUUCUGAUGCAACUCUUCACUACUUCCGAAAGAGAGAAGUGAAUGAGACUCUGGUGAAGAAGUUGAAGAUCAUGCUAAUAUCCAUCAACAGUGUCAUUGAUGAUGCUGAGUAUAAGCAGUUCAUUGAUCCAAAUGUGAGGGCCUGGCUUUUGGAGCUGAAAGAUGCUGUGUACGAUGCUGAGGAUGUCCUGGAUGAGACUAACUAUCUCUACAAAUGCAAGUUGGAAGCCGAAGCUGAACCUCAAACUAGUGUUACUAGCAAGGUACGCAAAUUCUUCAAUGCUUCUGCUACUUCAUUUGACCAGGAAAUUGAAUCAAGGAUGAAACAAGUCCUUGAAAACCUUGAAUUUCUCGAGGGCAGAAAGAUUAGUUUGGGAUUAAAAGAAGGUAACGGUGGUGCUGUUGGAUUUGACAAAAAGUGGAGGACUGAGACAACUUCUUUAGUGGAUGAAGUUGGAAUAAUUGGCAGGAAUACAGACAAAGAAAUUAUCUUUCAACAGUUGAAAAAUGACCGUCACUUCUCUGUGAUUUCAAUAGUGGGUAUGGGUGGGCUGGGUAAGACCACCCUUGCUCAGGUUGUUUAUAAUGAUAAAAGGGUUGAGAGUAAAUUUGACCACAGAUUUUGGGUAUGUGUUUCUGAUGACUUUGAUGUUUUGAGGUUGACAAAAAUAAUUUUCAAGAAAAUCAUGGCGUCUAAUGAUGACACAGGAGAUUUAGAUGCACUUCAAAGUAAGUUGAAGGAUUGGUCAUCUAAAAACAUAUUUCUCAUUGUUCUUGAUGAUGUUUGGUGUGAUGAUUACUUAUCAUGGGAAGAUUUUUUAAAACCUUUCAAAGGUGGGGUUGCGGGAAGCAAAAUUCUCAUCACUUCACGUAACGAGAAUGUUGCCUUAGCCGCCCCCUCUGAUAAAAUAUAUCACCCAGAUCAACUGUCAGAUGAAAAUGAUUUACGAUUCACUAGCUUGAAAAAGAUUCCACCAAAUAUGGGAGAGAUGAAAAAUCUUCAAGUUCGGUCGGCAUCAUUUGAAGUGGGCAAAUGUAAUGAGCUCAACAUCAAACAAUUAGGCGAACUCAAUCUUCAAGGAGAGCUUUCAAUUUAUGAGUUGCAGAAUGUAGUUCAUGGAACGGAUGCCUUACAAGCCAACUUGAAAGAAAAAUGGUACCUUGAGGAGUUAUCCUUCAAAUGGAAUAAAGACACCAAUGAUAAUUCUGAGAUUGAAAGGGAUGUGCUAGAGAAGCUCCAACCUCACCGGAACUUGAAGAAACUAUCAGUCAAGUACUACGGUGGCACAAGGUUUCCAGAUUGGUUUGUUGAUGACACAUUGUCCAACAUGGUGGAGCUCCGAUUAGAAAGUUGUAAGUAUUGCUUGGCAUUGCCAUCGUUAGGCCUUUUGCCGUCUCUCAAGUCACUAUUCAUUGAAAAUUUGGAUGGCAUUGUGGCUGUUGGUGCUGAAUUUCUUGGAAGUGAUUGUCCUAUUGUUCCGUUUAGGUCUCUUGAAACCUUAGUGUUCACGGGAAUGGUGAAUUGGGAGGAAUGGGAUUGUGCGACUGCUUCAAGGGCCUUCCCAUGCCUUAAAGAGCUUCGUAUAAUAGAUUGUCCAAAACUGAAAGAGAAUUUGCCCGAACAACUUCUUUCUUUAGAUGAUCUUGUUAUUAAAGAUUGCCCACAUCUUGUAGCUUUGGUUCCACGAGCCCCAACAAUUCGACGGUUGACUCUUAAAAAAUGUGGAAACGUGCGGUUGGAAUAUAUCCCAUCCACUCUAAAACAACUCCGCUUUUGUGGACCAUGCACGAAGGUGAGUUUGCUUGAAAAGAUUGAGCAAACCAUUAGUAACUCCUGUAUUGAAGAGGUUGCGAUUUGCGACUGUCCGGAUUGGGAGCUCCCAUUGAAGCAACAUCAUGACUCACUUCGUGAGAUACGGAUAGAUAGAAGUUGUGGGUCUCUUGGGACCUUCGUAUUGGAUCAAUUCCCCGCACUUCAGGAUUUGUCUCUGCAUGGUUGUAAUAAUCUUGAAAUGAUUUCUAUUUCAGAGGGGCGCAACCAUGGGAAUCUUACGACUUUGAGCAUUAGGAAGUGUCCAAAAUUCGUAUCCUUUCCGAAAGAGGGAUUGUCCACAAAUGGAAUCGUUGCCAGGGGAUCUGCCACCAAAACUAACGUGUCUUCUUAUCGAAAGAUGCCCGAAACUGUUUGCAUGUCGAAUGCAAUGGGGUUUGCACAAUUAUGA